GUCCACACACUCCGCCUGCACCACCUCGUCAUCCCUCCUGCACCACCUCCUCCAUCCUCUCGCACUCGUCCACACACUCCGCCUGGACCACCUCGUCAUCCCUCCUGCUCCACCUCCUCCAUCCUCUCACACUCGUCCACACACUCCGCCUGCACCACCUCCUCCAUCCCCUCGCACUUGUCCACAAGCUCCCCUCUCCAUCUCCACCUCUCUGCCGGGAAACAGGCGCUCGUAGGCGGCCGAGGAGCAUGGAGAGCGCAGGCAACGGCUCGGAUGGAGAAGAUCGCAGUUCGAUCGCCGUCUUGAUGAACACCAGCGGCGUGGCCGCGCUGUGUGCCAACGUGAGCGCGCUGGCCAACGCCACGGAGGCGCGCUGCGAGGGCGAGCUGGCACGGAGCGGCCGCCCGGACGACGGCGACUCCAACCCGGUGAUGAUCGCCAUCGUCAUCACGGCGCUGUACGCCAUCGUGUGCGUGGUGGGGCUGGUGGGCAACGUGCUCGUCAUGUACAUCAUCGUCAGGUACACCAAGAUGAAGACGGCCACCAACAUCUACAUCUUCAACCUGGCGCUGGCCGACACUCUGGUCACCAGCACGCUGCCUUUCCAGAGCGUCAACUACCUGAUGGGCACCUGGCCCUUUGGGGACGUGCUGUGCAAGAUGGUGAUGUCCAUCGACUACUACAACAUGUUCAUCUCCAUCUUCACGCUCACCACCAUGAGCAUCGACCGCUACGUGGCCGUCUGUCAUCCCGUCAAGGCUCUGGACUUCAGGACGCCGCGCAACGCCAAGAUCGUCAACGUCUGCAACUGGAUCCUGUCGUCCGCCAUCGGCCUGCCCGUCAUCUUCUUGGCCUCCGCCCAUGUCAAGCCCUCCUCGGUGAUGGUGGACUGCCAGCUGCUGUUCCCACACCCGGCCUGGUACUGGGACACCAUGUUGAAGAUCUGCGUCUUCAUCUUCGCCUUCAUCAUGCCCGUCCUCAUCAUCACCGUCUGCUACGGCCUCAUGAUCCUGCGCCUCAAGAGCGUGCGCAUGCUCUCCGGCUCGCAGGAGAAGGACAGGAACCUACGGCGCAUCACACGCAUGGUGCUGGUGGUGGUGGCCGUCUUCAUCGUCUGCUGGACCCCCAUCCACAUCUUCGUCAUCAUCAGCGCCCUCGUCAACAUCCCCAGCUCCACCCUGCAGACCAUCACCUGGCACUUCUGCAUCACCCUGGGAUACACCAACAGCAGCCUCAACCCCGUCCUCUACGGAUACUUGGACGAGAACUUCAAGCGCUGCUUCCGAGAGUUCUGCUCGUCCAGCCCCUCGCUGAUGGACGUCCACAGCUCCUCACGCCACGCAGCCGCCGGACGCAAGACGCCGCAAGGCCAGCGUAACAGCACGCUGACGGGAGACAGGUCCGAUCAACAGGUAUGACUAGCCGUGGCGGAGACGUCCGUGGACUCUGGCCGGCGUGACGGCGGCGGCGGCGAGGAUCCGAGCUGUGAAGUGACACAAGUCACCACGGGGCUCUGACAUGUUGGACGCCACGGCCGCCAUCCUUGGCCAAGAGGGCGCCGCAGGUAAAGACCCUAGCUCCUCCCCUAAGAGGCGGACACUUGAUUAGGUACACCUACGCCACCCAAUUGGAGAGUUGAUCCUAACAAGAGCGUGCAGUUCCAUGCCAGGCCUGAAGUGGCAGCACAGCGCCACCUGCUGCUUCUUUCCUGCAUGAGUGCUAGAACAACCUUCCACGCUCCAUCAGGUCUGAGGACUUUUCAAUCUAGUCUUUUUACUCAAGUCCACUCAGGCGGGAGAUCUUCUUUCUUUUUAUUUCUUCUUUCAUCUUUUUAUUACAAACCCCGUUUCCAUAUGAGUUGGGAAAUUGUGUUAGAUGUAAAUAUAAACAGAAUACAAUGAUUUGCAAAUCCUUUUCAACCCAUAUUCAGUUGAAUAUGCUACAAAGACAACAUAUUUGAUGUUCAAACUCAUCAACUUUUUUUUUUUUUGCAAAUAAUCAUUAACUUAGAAUUUCAUGGCUGCAACACGUGCCAAAGUAGUUGGGAAAGGGCAUGUUCACCACUGUGUUACAUCACCUUUUCUUUUAACAACACUCAAUAAACAUUUGGGAACUGAGGAAACUAAUUGUUGAAGCUUUGAAAGUGGAAUUCUUUCCCAUUCUUGUUUUAUGUAGAGCUUCAGUCGUUCAACAGUCCGGGGUCUCCGCUGUCGUAUUUUACGCUUCAUAAUGCGCCACACAUUUUCCAUGAGAGACAGGUCUGGACUGCAGGCGGGCCAGGAAAGUACCCGCUUCUUUUUUUACGAAGCCAUGCUGUUGUAGCACGUGCUGAAUGUGGCUUGCUGAAAUAAGCAGGGGCGUCCAUGAAAAAGACGGCGCUUAAAUGGCAGCAUAUGUUGUUCCAAAACCUGUAUGUUCCUUUCAGCGUUAAUGGUGCCUUCACAGAUGUGUAAGUUACCCAUGCCUUGGGCACUAAUGCACCCCCAUACCAUCACAGAUACUGGCUUUUGAACUUUGCGUCGAUAACAGUCUGGAUGGUUCGCUUCCCCUUUGGUCCGGAUGACACGAUGUCGAAUAUUUCCUAAAAAAAAUCUGGAAUGUGGACUCGUCAGACCACAGAACACUUUUCCACUUUGCAUCAGUCCAUCUUAGAUGAUCUCGGGCCCAGAGAAGCCGGCGGCGUUUCUGGAUGUUGUUGACAAAUGGCUUUCGCUUUGCAUAGUAGAGCUUUAACUUGCACUUACAGAUGUAGCGAUGAACUGUAUUUAGUGACAGUGGUUUUCUGAAGUGUUCCUGAGCCCAUGUGGUGAUAUCCUUUAGAGAUUGAUGUCGGUUUUUGAUACAGUGCCGUCUGGUUUCCGGCCAUGCCGCUUACGUGGAGUUAUUUCUCCAUAUUCUCUGAACCUUUUGAUGAUAUUAUGGAGCGUAGAUGUUGAAAUCCCUAAAUUUCUUGCAGUUGCACUUUGAGAAACGUUGUUCUUAAACUGUUUGACUAUUUGCUCACGCAGUUGUGGACAAAGGGGUGUACCUCGCCCCAUCCUUUCUUGUGAAAGACUGAGCAUUUUUUGGGAAGCUGCUUUUAUACCCAAUCAUGGCACCCACCUGUUGCCAAUGAGCCUGUACACCUGUGGGAUGUUCCCAAUAAGUGUUUGAUGAGCAUUCCUCAACUUUAUCGGUAUUCAUUGCCACCUUUCCCAACUUCUUUGUCACGUGUUGCUGGCAUGAAAUUCUAAAGUUAAUGAUUAUUUGCACACACAAAAAAUCAAAUAUGUUGUCUUUGUAGCAUAUUCAACUGAA